AUGGCUGGUCCCGGCGGUGGCCCUCCUCGACGCAGCCACACCAAGUCCCGCAAGGGCUGUGACAACUGCAAACGUCGUCACAUUCGCUGCGACGAGAACUUCCCCCAGUGUCGCAACUGCACCAAGCACAAGGUCCGAUGUCCAUACCAGGAUGUUCCCGUGGCCGAUGACAGGUCUGCUACUCCGGACAAGCCUGAUCUGCUUUGGAACCCAGCCAUCGAGGCAGCCAUUGCCAAUUGGAAGAUGACGGGAAUUUUCCCUUUCCCCAGCCUCAACAUCUACCCUGCGCCUGAUCCACGGUACUUUACGACUGAGGAAUUGAGGCUGCUCUAUCAUCUCGCAGCCAUCUGCAACGAGCUUAGCGCCAUCGACGCUGGUGGUUUCACUCUGUGGACGCGCCAAAUUCCUACCAUCAUGAAGAUCGGCGCUACCCACCGCUAUGUUAUGGAGGCUCUCCUUGCCUUUGCCGCCACCCACAUUGCCAAUAUCACCGACUGCCCGAUCGUCGGAAACAUGGCUUAUGCGCACCGUGGCAUUGCCAUCAAAGGCCUGCAGGAAGCCCUAGCUUCAUUCUUGAAAGAGAACUCCGAUGCCGUAUUGGCCGCCUCCAUUGUGCUCUCGUGGCAGGCUACAGAUUGGCGAAGCUGGACCCAUCUCAUGCAAGGAACCACGACGGUCAUCGAUCUCAUGGAACCAUGGAAGCACGAGAGUCAAUUCGGUGACUUCAUCAACGAGAGCGCCACAUUCCCAACGGCACCCCCUUCACCGACUCCGGAUCACAAGCCCAAUCAGCCACUAAAGGAAGACUUUGAUGCCUUCCAACGCGUGAUUACCCAGAUUCAAAAGGUCGAAGCUUACCUCAAGCAGAACAAGGAAGACGUCAAGCUCACGCAGCAGUUGAUAGCAUUCCUCAAGGGUGCUAGAAAAGUCAGCGCCAUUCAGUCAGUGUCAGAGCAGUUCGAUAGGCUCCAGCCUUUGAGAGCCUGGCUCUUCUGGCUUCCUGUUGCCUGUCUGCAGCAAAAUGCCAGCUCUCCCAGUGCCUUGGUAGUCAUUGCCCACUACUACACAGCAGCCAUUUUGAUGGAGCGCCUGUUUCCCGAGAUUGGCGCUGCCUACUUUGGUAGCCUCUCUGUCCAGCCUGUUGAAGAAAUCACCCGCCGGCUCUAUUCGCUCAAGGUUUCCUGCCAAUUCGAUGGCGAUUUGGCAACACCGCUCGACCUGAUGCAAUUCCCAAUGCAAACGGUGGCAGACUUCCGCGCCCGCAUGGGAUUCGCUGAGCCCAUCCGAACGCCGUCGCUUCCUCAGUUCAACACUCCGCCGCCCAGUUUCACGCCGGAUUUCUACGUUGCCGACGAUGUUUCGCAAGGUACACCGACUUCGACGGCCUCAUACUUGCCGUAUGGCGAGCACCAUCUCGCAUUCAACUUCAGCGCUGAAGACCUUUCCAACACAUUGGUGCCUGAGCAGCAUGAGACUGGCGCUGCCAUUAGCCCCUUGACGAUUUCGUCACCGUACCCUAGCGGACAGUAUCUCAACAUUCCGUCGCCUUCCUAUGGUGGCGGCUACAGCCCAGCAUCCUCCACCUUUGGUGAGGGAUCGAUUGUGUACAGCGACAAUGAGGACUAUGGUCCUUUCGAUGGCGGAUACACGGGGUAUCCGCCUCUUGGCCCGGCUGGGACCAACAACUUUGGCGUCGGGAUCGACUCUUUUGACGCUCCUGCACACCAGGAUCUGAUGGCAACGCCUGUGGUCUUGUCACCUCAACCUAUCCACCACGCGCAUUCGCCUUUUCUGCAGCCCGAGGUGGUGCACACAGCUCCUCGAUCGACUAGCCCCUUGUCACUAUCGGCACCAUCACCCCAGUUCAUGUCGCCGCAUACAUUUCAACCUCACCACCAUUACCACCGCCAUUCAUCAUCCGCCUCGUCAGUACCCGUUCAGCCUCAGAUCAAGAGGGAGCUCAGCAGGAGGCUUUCCGGGUACCUACGACAACCUUUCUAA